UUAAACAGAUAUAUUUGUACAGAAACAUGCCCUAGAUAUUUAUCAUUUUGUACCACACGAAUGGUGCCAACUGCCACUUAAAAAUCGAAAACGAUAUGGAAAUAUAACUGAUCAACUAAUUUCUCUUCGAACCUCAAAUCAAAAUUAAUCAUUGCAUUUUGUUAACAAAUGUGUUUCACCUUCACUUUAUCUCUUCUCUCUCUCUCUAAUAACAAACACAUUUCUCUCUAAUAACACAAACAGAGAUAGUACGAGCGAGACAGCCCAGUUCGUGAAAGACCAUUGGAAUAGAAGAUUUGGAUUCCUUUCGGGAGAGGAUGGGCGCAAUGCGGUGGCCUUCUGAAUCGGAGUUGAAUGCAAUCAGAACAAAAGUUGCUGAAAUAUCUGGAAAAGAUUCUAAGGAAGUCCGAGUUGUUGCAUCUCCUUAUAGGAUUUGUCCUCUUGGAGCUCAUAUUGAUCAUCAGGGUGGAAUUGUUUCAGCUAUGACCAUCAAUAAGGGUAUACUCCUUGGAUUUGUUCCUUCUGAAGAUUCUCAGGUUCUAAUACAGUCAGCACAGUUCAAGGGAGAAGUUAGAUUCAGUGUAAAUGAAGAACAACUGCCCAAAAGUGCUGCCAAGUUAACUGAUUCAAAUUCACAGGAGGAAUGUAGCUGGGGAAGUUAUGCCAGAGGAGCUCUUUAUGCAUUACAGAAGAGAGGAAACUCUAUAAAGCAGGGCAUUACUGGAUUUAUCUGUGGUGCUGAUGGUCUAGACAGUUCAGGCCUUAGCUCCUCAGCAGCUGUUGGCAUCGCGUACCUGUUGGCUUUUGAAAGUGCCAACAAGCUCAAGGUAUCCCCUACAGAGAAUAUUGAAUAUGAUAGGUUAAUUGAAAAUGAAUAUUUGGGUUUGAGAAAUGGCAUAUUGGAUCAAUCUGCCAUACUGCUUUCUAGCUAUGGCUGUUUGACUUGUAUGAACUGCAAGACCAAAGAACAUAAACUUAUACUCGGUCCGCAAUCCAACGGGAACCAUAAAAAUGAGAUGAACAAGAAAUUCAAGAUAUUACUGGCGUUCUCAGGGUUGAAGCAGGCUUUGAUAUCUGGUAGCGGUUAUAACUCCCGAGUCGCAGAAUGUCGAGAAGCUGCAAAAGUUCUUCUUCAGGCCUCUGGGAAAGAAGGGCUAGAGCCUCUCCUGUCCAAUGUUGAACCAGAAGCUUAUGAGGAGCAUAAGUGCAAAUUACAUCCCACUCUUGCUAAAAGAGCAGAACAUUAUUUCUCAGAGAAUAGGCGAGUCUUGAAAGGGAUCGAGCUUUGGGCUUCCGGAAAAAUAGACGAACUUGGGAAGCUAAUAUCGGCAUCUGGUUUGAGCUCCAUUCAGAAUUAUGAGAGCGGUUGCGAGCCACUUAUUCAACUGUACGAGAUUCUUGUGAAAGGUCCAGGUGUUUAUGGUGCCCGUUUUAGUGGUGCAGGCUUUCGAGGUUGCUGUAUUGCUUUCGUUGAUGCUGAUCGGGCUUUAGAAGCCGCAUCAUAUGUUACGGAAGAAUAUCCAAAGCUCCAACCUGAGUUGGCAAGCCAGAUGGGUAAGGAUAAGUUGGUACUGAUAUGCGACACGGCUGAUUGUGCUCGUGUAAUUUGAACAUCUACAAUUCAUUUUUUUUUAUUUAUUUAUUUUUUUUUUAUCUCUUUUUCAUUUUUCUAUUUGAUAAAUUUG